GCGACUGCGCGGUGCGGUGUCAAAAGUUGGGGGAGAAGCUUCCGUGCUCUGCCUCUCUGUGUGUGCUAUCCGUGUGCCUGAGCCUGACACCAGUGCGGCUGGCGUGUAUAUAUAGAGGGUGCUGGAGUUGGAGACAGGUAUCCAUCAGCAGAUCAGCUGAAUCCGAUCGACAGCACAGCACAGCAGAAGCAACUCGUAGCCAGAGGACAUACCUGAUGGAGAACAACAGGAGCAACCAGCAGGCUCCUCCACCACCGCCAGGGUACCCAACGGCGGCUGCGGAGCAAGGCCAAGCGGGCGGGAAGAAGGGGGGCCGGGCGAGCACCAAAUCCAGGGGCGAGAAGGGCUUCAUCGAGGGGUGCCUGGCGGCGCUGUGCUGCUGCUGGAUCUGCGAGAUGUGCUGCGACUAACCGGCCGGCGACGGCGAGGUUCCUGGCACAAGGCCUCGGUGCUAUCGUACCCACGAGGAGCGUAUGCGUAUACAGAGAGAGAAUUGUUCUUAAUUUCAGUGCCCGUUGUUUUAGGUUCUACAUAUAUACUCCUAAGGUGAUGCACGCAUGAUCAGUACUGUACCUGCCUACCUGUGUGCGUGUGUGAGAUAUUUCAUGUAUCCGUCCGUGUGCAGUGCCAUAUUCAUGCACCGCGUCGUGUGUAAUUAACCGGUGUGUACGAGACCGAUAUACUACUCAGUAAUACUGUGAUUGAGUAUUUGAUUUGA